AGGACUAGUAGCAUAUAAUCUGUUGCAAGUCGGCCGCCGGAUAGAACAAGUCUAGCAUAGUUAAACCUUGUGGGAAAACCUUGUUUCUGCCGGCCAUUCUUUUUCUCCUAUUAUAUUUACCAUAAUUACCUCACCUUUCCAUCAACUUAAUUCCUUCACUGAUUCUCUCUUCACGCCUUUUGUUCUUCCUCCAGCAAACAACACAAGUCCCCUCUUACUUUCAUUCGUAAAAAAUAGCUUAGAAUUAAAUCUACUGUAAUUGAUCAACAUAAUGGAUAGACUCAUAAGCUUGGAACCAUCAAACCUUGUGGCAAUCAGAAUCAGGAAGGGCCAGAGAUGUUACGGUGAGCUGACUCUGCGUAAUGUUAUGCACACCAUGCCCGUGGCAUUUCGCCUACAGCCAAUGGACAGAAAUCAUUACACUGUUCGUCCACAAUCUGGUAUUAUAUCUCCACUCACUACUGUCACAGUUCAGAUUACUUAUGAAUCGCAUCAACAUUCUGUUCUUCCAGAGUCGUUCCCGUAUUGUGAUGAUUCCUUCUUGUUGCAUAGUGUUGUUGUGCCUGGGGCAACGGUUAAGAACCCCGCGUCAACUUAUGAUACUAUUCCUAAUGAAUGGUUUACCACUAGGAAGAAACAGGUGUUUAUUGACAGCGGUAUACAAGUCAUGUUUGUUGGAUCUCCUGUUUUGACUCAACUUGUUAACAAUGGUGCUAUGGGUGAAAUUAGAGAUGUGUUAGAAAAAAGUGAUUCGGCCUGGAAGGCGGUUGAGUCAGUUGAUUCGGAUGGUCAGACUUUACUUCAUUUGGCCAUUAGUAAAAAUAGGCCUGAUCUAGUCCAGCUUCUGCUGGAGUUCGAGCCAAACGUUGAGGUUUCAAGUGGCUCUGGCUCGACUCCGCUUGAGGCUGCAGUUGCAUUAGGAGAGACUCUGAUUGUUGAGCUCUUGUUGGCUCAUCAUGCUAAUGUGGAAAGAUCAGAGGCAUCCUCAUGGGGUCCGAUUCAUUAUGCAGCUGGUGGCGGAUACCUGGAGAUUUUAAAGCUUCUUUUGCUCAAGAAUGCUGAUGUCAACGCGCUUACUAAAGAUGGUAACACCGCUCUACACAUAGCUGUUGAGGAGAGGCGAAGGGAUUGCGCGAGGCAGUUGCUGACAAAUGGUGCAAGAACUGAUAUUUGUAACUCUGGUGAUGGUGAUACGCCUCUACAUAUUGCAGCAGCAUUAGCAGAUGAUCAUAUGAUUAAGCUAUUACUCCAGAAGGGGGCUAACAAAGAUAUCCGUAAUAAAGUUGGUAAAACUGCUUAUGAUGUUGCGGCAGAACACGGGCACAGCAGGCUAUAUGAUGCACUCCGCCUAGGGGAGAGCUUAAGUAUAGCUGCCCGAAAAGGUGAAGUGAGGACAAUGCAGAGGCUCCUCGAAAAUGGGGCCUUGAUAAAUGGCCGUGAUCAGCAUGGUUGGACGGUGCUGCACCGGGCCUCGUUUAAAGGACACCUUGAUGCAGUUCGGAUAUUAAUUGAAAAGGGAAUUGACAUUAAUGCAAAAGACGUGGAUGGUUACACUGCAUUGCACUGUGCUGUUGAGUCCGGACAUGUUGAGGUCAUUGAAUUGCUGGUAAAGAAAGGCGCUGAGGUUGAAUCAAAGACUAAUAAGGGUGUUACUGCAAUCCAAAUUGCAGAGUCUCUGAACUAUUCGGGGAUUACUAGGAUUUUGGUUUACGGAGGUGCCACAAAAGAUGGUUCAUCAGUGAAAAAGUAUGGUUUGCCUCCUACUUCACUAGUCUCCUUCGGAAAGGGAAAAGGGGUCAAAGAAAUCAUGGACGUCGCAGUUAAGAAGAAAAAAGCAACGCACCCCAGGAAUGUUCGGGGUAGCUAUGAUCGGACUAGAACAAUGGCCGUUAUAUAGCUAAGGUAGCUGCAGUAAUUCUGAAAACAAUGAGGUUUGAGCUUAGGUUCUUUAAUAACCAGUGAGCUUAGUACUUGCAUUAUUCUUUUACUUAGCUUGAAAAUGCCAAACAAGAUUGGAGUCAUUAAAAAGUAAUGUAUGUUUAUUUCUGGUAUCAUAUACCUGUAAAGAUUUUGCAUAAUCCUUCAAGUUCAAAUACACUUCA